CAUGUUGGAGAAACGAUGCCUUGGUAGUGGCGCGGUGACCAACGAUUUCAGACAGUGCUGCAGUGGGAGGGGUUAUGCGGACAGAGGAUGCGCGUGCACCAAGUGCUCGUAGAUGUCCAUGGCCAGGGCAAGAUUAUCGAGCGAAAACUAAACUUCGGGCAGUCAUUAAUCACACAUUGCUGGAGAAUAAAUGUCAGUCUUACAACGUCCUUUAUGGAAUUCUGGGGAGAGAGAGAGAGAGAGAUAGUCAGGCCGUAUCGUGACAACAUUCUUUUAAUGCAAUCGAUUUCCCAUUUAGUUAUCGUUCAUCUCCAUAAGAUAUAUGUUGUAGAGCUAUCGCUUAGUUUAUCUGCCCCAAGGCCGUCUAUCAAAGUAGAUCAGCGUGUAUUGAAUGCGCUGUGCUAAAGUAAUACCAUGGCUAUGCCGAAACAACUAAGAGACACGAACUGCCAAAGGUAAGGAGAUCAAAUAACAUAACUAGACACGUGCC